AUGGCGAUGCAACUGGACAUGUCGAAUGCCCAGGUGAUGAAAGAUGAGUCGGGACGGCCGUUUAUUAUCGUCAGAGACCAAGGCAAGAAGAAGAGGCAGCACGGCAACGAAGCUGUCAAGUCACACAUUCUGGCUGCGCGGACCGUGGCCAACAUUGUCAAGACGUCUUUGGGCCCACGAGGAUUGGACAAGAUCUUGAUUUCACCGGACGGCGACAUUACUGUAACCAACGAUGGCGCUACCAUUCUUUCGCAGAUGGAAAUAUCGAACCACGUCGCGAAGCUGCUCGUCGAGCUAUCAAAAUCACAAGAUGACGAGAUUGGCGACGGCACAACUGGUGUAGUUGUUCUCGCAGGCGCGCUCCUCGAGCAGGCAGCGGACCUCAUCGAUAAGGGCAUUCACCCGAUCCGGAUAGCGGAUGGCUACGACCAGGCCUGCGAGGUCGCCGUUGCGAAGCUCGAUGAGAUCAGUGACGAGAUCAAGUUCUCCAAGGAAAACACAGAAGAGUUGUUCAAGGUCGCGAAGACGAGUUUAGGCAGCAAGAUUGUGUCCAAAGCACACGACCACUUCGCCAGCAUCGCUGUUGACGCGGUACUGUCUGUCGCGGACCUAUCCCGGAAAGAUGUCGAUUUCGAGCUCAUCAAGGUCGACGGCAAGGUCGGAGGAGCGCUGGAGGACACACUGCUUGUCAAGGGUGUGAUAAUAGACAAGGACUUCUCCCACCCCCAGAUGCCGGACGAGGUCAAGGACGCAAAGCUUGCCAUUCUCACAUGCGCUUUCGAGCCCCCGAAGCCCAAGACGAAGCACAAGCUAGACAUCACCUCGGUCGAGGAGUUCAAGAAGCUACAGACCUACGAAUCCGAUAAGUUCACCGAGAUGAUUAAGCGCAUCAAGGAUACGGGAGCCAACGUGGUUAUAUGCCAAUGGGGAUUCGACGACGAGGCCAACCAUCUGCUUCUCACCAACAAAUUGCCUGCUGUCCGGUGGGUAGGAGGCCCAGAGAUCGAGCUUAUUGCCAUUGCGACCAAUGGCCGAAUAGUACCCAGGUUUGAGGACCUGAGUGCGGAGAAGCUGGGCACAGCAGGUAUUGUCCGGGAAUUAACAUUCGGAACCACCCGCGACAAGAUGUUGGUCAUCGAGGAGUGUGCGAACACUCGUGCAGUGACUGUCUUCGUGCGUGGUAGCAACAAGAUGAUCAUCGAUGAAGCGAAACGAUCCUUGCACGACGCUCUCUGCGUUGUCCGGAAUCUCGUUACAGAUAACCGCAUCGUUUAUGGUGGAGGUGCGGCAGAGGUGGCCUGCUCGCUCGCUGUAGAGGAUGCUGCAGUCAAGAGCCCCGGUCUAGAACAAUACGCGAUGCGCGCUUUCGCCGACGCGCUCGACUGCGUGCCUAUGGCAUUGGCCGAGAAUUCUGGUCUCAGUCCUAUCGAAACCCUCGCCAACAUCAAGUCACGACAAGCCAAGGAGAACAACUCCAGGUUAGGUGUUGACUGCAUGCAAACCGGUAGCAAUGACAUGAAGGAGCACUUCGUGAUCGAUCCUUUGAUCUCCAAGAGGCAACAGCUGCUGCUCGCUACGCAAUUGUGCAGGAUGGUCCUCAAGGUUAACAAUGUGAUCAUCGCGGGGAGCGGCGAAGACGAGUACUAG